AUGGCGCGGUCUGAGUACUUCCGCGAGAUGUUCUCCUCGUCGUCAUGGAAGGAGGCCCUGACUAACGAGGUCGACCUGCGCUCAGACUCGGAAGUCGAUGGCAGCUCCCUGCGCUCACUUUGCCUCUUCCUCAUGACGGAGACGUUUCAUGCGCAGGGGGACCUGCAACUGGCGCUCUCAGUGCGAAGGCUCGCGGACCGCUAUCGCUUGGACUCCUUGGUGAAGAGGGCUGAGACUGAGCUCUACAGGCUGCUUUCUACAGACAACGCCCUGACUGUGCUUGCUCACGUCACUGGGUGCGGGGGGAAGUUGGAGGAAGCCUGUCUGAUCUGCAUCACCGCAGACAACUGCGACUUGCUGGAGAAGCAGCAGGACAAGCUUGACACCAUCGCCGAGGAAAACCCUGAGCUCAUGAAGCAGCUCGUCCGGCUAUUGCUUAAGGCUCGAGGCAAGAGGCCCCGAACUGAGUAA